UUUGUCUUCAUGAAGAUUCCUAACAUUGGUAAUGUGAUGAAUAAAUUUGAGAUCCUUGGGGUUGUAGGUGAAGGAGCCUAUGGAGUUGUACUUAAAUGCAGACACAAGGAAACACAUGAAAUUGUGGCAAUCAAGAAAUUCAAGGACAGUGAAGAAAAUGAAGAAGUCAAGGAAACGACUUUACGAGAACUUAAAAUGCUUCGAACUCUCAAACAGGAAAACAUUGUGGAGCUGAAGGAAGCCUUUCGUCGGAGGGGGAAGUUGUAUUUGGUGUUUGAGUAUGUUGAAAAAAAUAUGCUUGAAUUGCUGGAAGAAAUGCCAAAUGGAGUUCCACCUGAAAAAGUAAAGAGCUAUAUCUAUCAGCUAAUCAAAGCUAUUCACUGGUGCCAUAAGAAUGAUAUUGUCCACAGAGAUAUAAAGCCAGAGAAUCUCUUAAUCAGCCACAAUGAUGUUCUGAAACUGUGUGACUUUGGUUUUGCUCGGAAUCUGUCAGAAGGCAAUAAUGCUAAUUACACAGAGUACGUGGCCACCAGGUGGUAUCGGUCCCCAGAACUCUUACUUGGAGCUCCCUAUGGAAAGUCCGUAGACAUGUGGUCAGUGGGCUGUAUUCUUGGAGAGCUUAGUGAUGGACAGCCUUUAUUCCCUGGAGAAAGCGAAAUUGACCAACUUUUUACUAUUCAGAAGGUGCUAGGACCACUUCCCUCUGAGCAGAUGAAGCUCUUCUACAGUAAUCCUCGCUUCCAUGGGCUCCGGUUCCCAGCUGUUAACCAUCCUCAGUCACUGGAGAGAAGAUACCUUGGAAUUUUAAAUAGUGUUUUACUUGACCUAAUGAAGAAUUUGCUGAAAUUGGACCCAGCUGACAGAUACUUGACAGAACAGUGUUUAAAUCACCCUACAUUUCAAACCCAGAGACUUUUGGAUCGUUCCCCUUCAAGGUCAGCAAAAAGGAAACCUUACCAUGUGGAAAGCAGCACAUUGUCUAAUAGAAGCCAAGCCAGCAAAAGUGCUGCUUUGCAGUCUCACCACAGAUCUAAUAGCAAGGACAUCCAGAACCUAAGUGUGGUUCUGCCCCGGGCUGAAGAAGGUCUUCCUGCCAACGAAAGCUUCCUAAAUGGAAACCUUGCCGGAGCUACUCUUAGUCCGAUGCACACCAAAACCUAUCAAGCAAGCACCCAGCCUGGGUCUACCAGCAAAGAUCUCACCAACAACAACAUACCACACCUUCUUAGCCCAAAAGAAACCAAGUCAAAAACAGAAUUCGACUUUAAUAUAGACCCAAAGCCUUCGGAAGGCCCGGGCACGAAGUACCUCAAGUCAAGCAGCAGGUCUCAGCAGAACCGGCACUCAUUCAUGGAAAGCUCUCAGAGCAAAGCCGGUACGCUGCAGCCCGGUGAAAAGCAGAGUCGGCAUAGCUAUAUUGACACCAUUCCCCAGUCCUCCAGGAGUCCCUCCUACAGGACAAAGGCCAAAAGCCAUGGGGCACUGAGUGACUCCAAGUCUGUGAGCAACCUUUCCGAAGCCAGGGCCCAAAUCGCAGAGUCCAAUACCAGUAGGUACUUCCCAUCCAGCUGCCUGGACUUGAACUCUCCCACCAGCCCAACCCCCACCAGGCACAGUGACACGAGAACUUUGCUCAGCCCUUCAGGGAGAAAUAACCGAAGUGAGGGCACUCUGGACUCACGCCGAACCACAACCAGGCAUUCUAAAACGAUGGAGGAGUUAAAGCUGCCCGAACACAUGGACAGCAGCCAUUCCCACUCGCUGUCUGCACCUCAUGAAUCCUUUUCUUAUGGGCUGGGCUACACCAGCCCCUUCUCCUCACAGCAGCGUCCUCAUAGGCAUUCCAUGUAUGUGACCCGGGACAAAGUGAGAGCCAAAGGCUUAGACGGAAGCUUGAGCCUAGGGCAAGGGAUGGCGGCCAGAGCCAACAGCCUGCAACUGUUAUCACCCCAGCCUGGAGAACAGCUCCCUCCAGAGAUGACUGUGGCAAGAUCGUCCGUUAAAGAGUCCUCCAGAGAAGGCACCUCUUCAUUCCACACUCGUCAGAAGUCUGAGAGUGGUGUGUAUCAUGACCCACACUCUGAUGACGGCACAGCCCCGAAAGAAAACAGACAUCUGUACAAUGAUCCGGUUCCAAGGAGAGUUGGUAGCUUUUACAGAGUGCCAUCUCCACGUCCAGACAACUCUUUCCAUGAAAAUAAUGUGUCAGCCCGAGUUUCUUCCCUACCAUCAGAGAGCGGUUCUGGAACCAACCACUCAAAAAGACAGCCAGCAUUCGAUCCAUGGAAAAGUCCUGAAAAUAUUAGUCAUUCUGAACAACUCAAGGAGAAGGAGAAGCAAGGUUUUUUCAGGUCAAUGAAAAAGAAAAAGAAGAAAUCUCAAACAGUGCCCAAUUCUGAUGGCCCCGAUCUUCUGACACUACAGAAAGCCAUUCACUCUGCUAGCACUCCAAGCAGCAGACCAAAGGAGUGGCGCCCUGAGAAGAUCUCAGAUCUACAGACCCAAAGCCAGCCGUUAAAAUCACUGCGCAAGCUGUUACAUCUCUCUUCAGCCUCAAAUCACCCGGCUUCCUCAGAUCCCCGCUUCCAGCCCUUAACAGCUCAACAAGCCAAAAAUUCCUUCUCAGAAAUUCGGAUUCACCCCCUGAGCCAGGCCUCUGGUGGGAGCAGCAACAUCCGACAGGAGCCCACACCAAAGGGCAGGCCAGCCCUCCAGCUGCCAGGUCAGAUGGAUCCUGGUUGGCACGUGUCCUCUGUGACCAGGAGUGCCACAGAGGGGCCUUCCUACUCUGAACAGCUAGGUGCCAAGAGUGGGCCAAACGGGCACCCUUAUAACAGAACAAAUCGCUCACGAAUGCCAAAUCUGAACGAUUUAAAAGAGACAGCCUUGUAA